AUGAGUCGUGACGGAGCCGCAGGCCUGCUUCCUGGCUCGGGCGAAGGGGACGAUGAGGCUCGAGGCAGUGUUCCGUCCCCACCCGCCGAGCUGCCCACGGGGCUGGCACGCAGGGGCAGUGUGGCCGCGAUCGCAGGCUGGCCCGGGCUGGGGGAAGGAGAGCCCGCCCUGACGGGCCACCUGGCGAGCCUGGCCCCGCCCACCCAGCUGUCACCCGCCCCCAACCCCGGGUCCUCCCGAGGGAGGCAGCAGCACUUCGCACUGGGCCUCGCAGAUGUGCGCCUGGCGGAACAGAUUGAAACGGGGUGGCGAGCGGCCAGGGACCGCCCCCCACUUCUCCGGCUGCCGGCGGGACCUGCCCGACGCUGCUCUGAGCAUGAGCUGUUAGUAACCGCGCCGGCCAGAGGCCCGGAGGCGGGCAUCCUGGGCCCGUGGGAGGGGUGGUCCCCACCUGCGUCCCCGCCCGAGUCCCCGGGUACCCAAGCCACGCAGGAGGCGGCCUGGCCUCGGCCCGAAGGAAGUCGGGCUGUGGCUGAGCGGCACCUCGGGGCCUGGCUCCGGGGCACGUCUGCCGUGUGGAACUGCCAGGAGCUGCCUGUGUUCGCUCACCUCCACCACUCACGCCGCAGCUCGGCACAGCUGCUGAUGCGGGCGGAGGAGCGCACAGACGUCCCCCAGGGAUGCUGCUGCCACACGUGCUUCUCAGGGGCCUGCCCCUCCUUCGUGGGCGACUGGGGGGAGGACAGUGACAGGACGGGGAGGGCUGGGGGGCCACAGGGCCGAGUGGUACUGAUAGACCCCGCAGGUCCCCAAGGGGCCUGGCCAGCCUGUAAUGAGCCCACGCCCCCUGCCCCGGGCUUCCAGGGGCCUGAGACUCUGCAGGCAGAAGUCGGGGAGCUGGUGUCCUGCGGCGAAGGCACCAGCAAAUCUAGGCUGACGCUGUCGCCUUUACGGACAGUCAACAUCAACCGCUUCCUAGCAGGAGAGCCAGGCCCCGAUGAGAACCAGGUCCCCUGCUGGCAGCUUCCGGCCUUGGAAGAAUCUUCCGUGGACCGGCUCGUGGGCUUUUCUCCGUCCACUCCCGUGCGCUGCCAGUGGGGCACUGCGGGGCGCUCACGCGGCAGCUGGGUGUCCUGUCACGAGGCCAGCAGCCCCGCAGGCAGGCGGGGCACCUUGCCCGGACCCCCCAGGGUCCACCCAGCUCCCAGCUCCACCCACGGCAAGAUGCCCUCCCACCGGUGGCCAGAGGCCUGGGCCUCCCUGCAGAAGACGGUGGUCACCCUGUGCCUGCUGUGCAGCACGUCCCUGUCCCCCACGCGGGGGCAGGCCAGGAUUCCUCUGGAAACAGUGAAGCUGUGGGCAGAUACCUUCGGCAGGGACCUGUAUGACACUGUCACCAAGUACUCGGGCUCCCUCCUGCUGCAGAAGAAAUACAAGGACGUGGAGCCCAGUCUGAAGAUCAAGGAGGUGGAUGGCUUGGAGCUGGUGAGGAAGUUCUCAGAGGACAUGGAGACCAUGCUCCGCAGGAAAGUGGCGGCCGUCCAGAAUCUGGUCGAGGCUGCCGAGGAGGCCGACCUGAACCACGAAUUCAACGAGUCCCUGGUGUUUAACUAUUACAACUCUGUCCUCAUCAAUGAGAAGGACGCAGGCGGAGCCUACGUGGAGCUGGGGGCCGAGUUCGUCCUGGAGGCCAACGCGCACUUCAGCAACCUGCUGGUGAACACGUCUCUGAGCAGCGUGCAGCUGCCCACCAAUGUCUACAACAAAGACCCGGAUAUUUUGAAUGGAAUCUACAUGUCCGAAGCCUUGAACCCUGUCUUUGUGGAGAACUUCCAGAGAGACCCGACGCUGACCUGGCAGUACUUUGGCAGCUCGACAGGGUUCUUCCGCAUCUACCCAGGCAUCAAAUGGACGCCUGAUGAGAACGGGGUCAUCACCUUCGACUGCCGGAACCGCGGCUGGUACAUACAAGCUGCCACGUCCCCGAAGGACAUCGUGAUCGUGAUGGACACGAGCGGCAGCAUGAAGGGGCUGCGGAUGGCCAUCGCCAAGCACACGGUCUCCACCAUCCUGGACACGCUGGGGGAAAACGACUUCGUGAACAUCAUCUCGUACAACGACUACAUCCACUACAUCGAGCCUUGUUUUAAAGGGAUCCUGGUCCAGGCGGAUCGGGACAACAGAGAGCACUUCAAACAGCUGGUGGACAAGCUGAUGGUCAAAGGUGUGGGGGUCGUGGGCCAAGCCCUCAGUGAGGCCUUCCAGAUCCUGCAGCAGUUCCAAGAGGCCGGGCAAGGAAGCCUGUGCAACCAGGCCAUCAUGCUGAUCACCGAUGGGGCCGUGGAGGACCACAGGACAGUGCUGGAGAGAUACAACUGGCCGCGCCGCAAGGUCCGGCUCUUCACUUACCUGAUCGGGAAGGAAGUAAGUUUUGCUGACCGCUUGAAGUGGAUCGCGUGCAAUAACAAAGGCUACUACACGCAGAUCUCCACUCUGGCAGAUGCCCAGGAGAACGUGAUGGAAUACCUGCAUGUGCUCAGCCGGCCCAUGGUCAUCAACCACGACCAUGACAUCACCUGGACGGAAGCCUACAUGGACAGCAAGGUGGGGCCCCCAGCGACUCUCUACCCGCAGGCGCAGAGCAUGGCGCUGCUGACCACCGUGGCCAUGCCUGUCUUCAGCAAGAAGAACGAGACGCGAUCCCACGGCAUCCUCCUGGGUGUGGUGGGCUCUGACGUGGCCCUGAGAGAGCUGAUGAAGCUGGCGCCCCAGUACAAGCUCGGGGUGCACGGCUAUGCCUUUUUGAGCACUAACAAUGGCUACAUCCUCUCACAUCCUGACCUUCGACCCCUGUACAGAGAGGGGAAGAAACUGAAGCCCAAGCCCAACUACAACAGCGUGGACCUCUCGGAAGUGGAGUGGGAGGACCGGGCCGGAACCCUGAGAACAGCCAUGAUCAACAGGGAGACAGGGUCUCUCUCCAUGGACGUGAAGGUUCCGCUGGACAGAGGGAAGCGAGUUCUUUUCCUGACCAACGACUACUUCUUCACGGACAUCAGUGACACGCCUUUCAGUUUGGGAGUGGUGCUCUCCCGCGGCCACGGCGAAUACGUCCUCCUGGGGAACACGUCUGUGGAAGAAGGCCUGCACGACCUGCUUCACCCGGACCUGAGCCUGGCCAGCGACUGGAUCUACUGCGUCACGGACAUCGACCCCGAGCACCGCAGGCUCAGCCAGCUGGAGGCCGUGGUCCGCUUCCUGACCGGGCGGGACCCAGCCCUGGAGUGCGACGAGGAACUAUUGCAGGAGCUGCUGUUUGACGCGGUGGUGACGGCCCCCAUGGAGGCGCACUGGACGGCACUGUCCCUCAACACCUCCGAUGAGUCCGAGCAUGUGGUGGACAUGGCCUUCCUGGGCACCCGGGCCGGCCUCCUCAGAAGCAGCCUGUUCGUGGGCUCCGAAAAGGUCUCUGACAAGAGGUUCCUGACGCCGGCGGACGAGGCCAGCAUCUUCACCCUGGACCACUUCCCUCUGUGGUACCGCCAGGCCGCCGAGCAGCCUCCGGGCAGCAUGGUCUUCAACCUCUACUCGGCAGAGGGACCAGAAAAUACAGACAAGCCGAUGGUGGUGACCGUGAGCACAGCUGUAGCCGUGACCAUGGACAACAGGACAGCCAUCGCUGCAGCCGUGGGCGUGCAGAUGAGGAUGGAGUUCCUGCGGCGUACGUUCUGGGCGGCCACCCGGCAGUGCGGCGCUGCGGAGGGUCCGUGCCCGGAGAGCUGCCAGGACAGUGGCCUGGACUGCUUCGUCAUAGACAACAACGGAUUCAUCCUGAUCUCGGAGAGGCCCCAGGAGAUGGGACGAUUCCUGGGGGAGGUGGACGGCGCCCUCAUGACCCAGCUGCUCAGCAUGGGGGUGUUCAGCCGAGUGACCAUGUACGACUACCAGGCCAUGUGCAAACCUCAGACCCACCACCACAGCGCCUCCCAGCCCCUGGUCAGCCCCAUCGCUGCCCUCCUGACUGCUACCAGGUGGCUGGUGAACGAGCUCUUGCUGCUCCUGCUGGAGUGGAGCGCCUGGGGCUCCUGGCGUGGGGACAGCGGGGCCGAGGCCAAGGCCGUCUUCCAUCACUCCCACAAGCACAAGAAGCAGGACGUGCUGCAGCCCUGCGACACCACCUACCCCGCGUUCGUGCACGAGACGGCCAUCCGGGGGGCCAACGGCAUCGUGGAGUGCGGGGGCUGCCAGAAGACGUUCGGGAUGCAACAGAUUCCCUCCAGCAACCUUCUCCUCCUGGUGACGGACCCCGCCUGUGACUGCAGCGUCUUCCCGCCAGUCCUGCAGGAGCCUACGGAGGUCAAAUAUAACGCCACGGUCAAGUGUGACAAGAUGCGCUCCCGGAAGCUCCGCCGGCGACCGGAUGCCUGCCACGCCUUCCAUCCAGAGGAGAAUGCCCAGGACUGUGGCGGCACCUCGGACACCUCAGCCUCACUCCCCCUGUUCCUGCUGCCUCUGGGUGCCUGGGUACUGCUGCCCCAGCUGCUGCGGUGACACCUGCUCCGGCCAGCCGGUUUUGACAAGGUGACCCUUCCAGAGACAUUGUAAAGAGUCAGCAGCUGAAGUGGGGUCCAGCGCUCUACACUUAGGUUCUCACCCAGGUCCAUGCUCAUCCAGUCUUGGGCUGAUGGUCCCCUGCCCCCAAGAUUGCUGGACGGAACCAGAAAUCACUCCCAGAGACCUUCCGGGUGCCUGGUACCGUCCACCCCGCGUCUCAAUGGGCAGCCUCCCUGCCCUCCUACCUUCUCUUUGGAGUCCAGCGUGAACUCAAUUUGGACCAAGACAAAAGAGUUUUGUUCCGUCUAUUCCCCAGAAGUCCAGACCCAGCCAAAGAAAGGGGCAGCUCUUCCUAAUGAAUCUGGUUGGUCUUCAGUAGAAUCCAAGGACUUAAAUGUACUGAGAAAGAGGAGAGGAAUGAGGCCAACAGCAGAAAGGGGAGGAAGGCAGGAACGGGCCCCACGGGAAACACAUCUGCCCUAGGGUGAGAUGCCUGAUGGGGGAUCAGCUCAGCCUCCCAGCUGCAGCUCAAAAGAUGUGUGUGUGUGUGUGUGUGUGUGUGUG